AUGGCUUCAGCCCCCGAGCUCAUCCUCUACACCAACCACGGCUGCCCUUGGGCGCACCGCGCCCACAUCGCCCUCGCCGAGCUCGGCCUCCCCUUCAAGGAGGAGAUCAUCGACCUCAACACCCCGCGCACCGAGGCCUACCUCAAGAUUAACCCGCGCGGCCUCGUUCCCGCCCUCUCCUACAACGGCGAGAUUAUCACCGAGUCGGCCAUUGUCGCCCAGUUCCUCGCCGACGCCCACCCCUCGCACCUCCUCCCGGCCUCGGACGCCAAGGACGGCGCCCUGCGCCGUGCGCGCAUCAACUUCUUCGUCGACACGUACUUCUCCAAGGUCAACCCGCUGCUGUUCAAGAUCAUCGGCGCCAGCUCCGAAGAGGAGAAGGCCGAGCUGGCCAGGACCAAGGUCGAGACUAUUGUCAAGGAGAUUGAGCCGCUCCUCAGCGACGCCGCGCCCUUUUUUGGCGGCAGCGACAAGAUCACGCUGGCGGAGGUUCAAACGGGCUCGUUCAUCCUGCGCGUCUAUUCGUCUGCGGAAUAUGGACUGCUGCCCAAGGCCAUCGUCGCGGACCUGGCCGAGCAGGCGCCCAACUUUACCAGGUGGGCUGACGCCGUGAGGAACAAGGAGAGUGUCAACGCCAUUUACGAUGGGGAGUCUUGGGUGAAGAGGAUCCAGGAGAGGUUUGCAAAGGCCAAGGCUUGA